ACAAUGGAUUCGUUAUCGUCUGAUAGCAGCGAUGGUACAAAACAAGACAAUAGUGAUGCAGAUGUUGUACUACAAGAAGUGGUGGUCAACACAUUUGACAUUCAAGACGAUAGCCGUUCAACAAUUGUUACCGAAAUUAGUGACCAAUCGAUUGACAACAACAACUUGUCGGAUGAGAUAAAGACACGUCAAGUGAUGAUCGCCAGCGACCACAACCAGUGCUCAUCAAAUCAACAGUUGAUUGGAGUUAGUAGUCAUCACUGUAUGACUACUACUACUACUACUAGUAGUAGUAGUAGUAGUAAUACCAUUACAUCGACUACUAAUAGUACUACUAAUGUGUCGACAAAAAAACAACUAAUGAACAGAAAAAAACAUCACUUGAAUCACAAUCGUAAGGCUCGACAACAACUGGAACUAAGGGUUAGAGUAUUGACGAAAAUCUAUGAGUCUAGUCGUCGACAACAACAACCAUUUGAUAAGCACAGUAUUAAAGUCAUUCCCAUUAAAGCUAUUCAAUCAGAAAAUCCAAAUCCAAUGGAUAAACUCAGUGCAUAUAUAGAAAGUAUGAGAAGCGAUUUGGACAGACUUAUUGAGGACAAUGAGCCACAAACUAUUAUAGGUGCUUUUCAACGAAGUUUGGAAAUUCUUGAAGAAGAAUUGGUAACACAAGUGGCGGCCGCGGCGGCCGACAUAAGUGUCGAGACGGCUGCUGCCGGUGAAGGUCCGUCUGAACCGGACGACAUGGAACAGGAAGCCGCCGCCGCCGCCGCCCCCGCUCUCAGUAUGUCAGACCCGGAUUCGCCGGCACCGAAGUCAAGCACAGACACUGAUCGGACAGAUACACCCGAUCUUCCCGUAACUUCUGAAUCAGGUGUCGGCGAUGAUGAUAGUGAAGGGCCAACUGUCGACUAAAACGAAAUAACAAUUAUACAAAUAGAUAAUAAUAAUUAUUAUUAUUAUUAUUACAAUGAUUUG